UUUGGAGAGUUAUUUAGAAGCAGUGAAUCAACUGAAAAAAAUUGUUCGGUUUUUCAGCACUAAUAAAAACCUUAAGAGCAGCAUUGGAGUGAUUACUCAUUCUACAACUUUGCUUCAAAAGGCUUCGUUAAUGCUCGAGGAAGAGUUCAGGCAGCUAUUAACUGAAGUUGAGAACUUAGUUGAGAACUUACUUCAGAAAGCUCUGCUAUGUGGUGGUGAUAUUAAAUAGUUAAUAUUUCCUCCAAAAUAUCACCAGUUUCCUCCAAAAUUGAGAACUUCAGUGCAUUCGCUUCAUAUACUUCAGAAAGCUAUUCAAAGAGCUGCAUAAAUUUACUUGUUCAAAGAGUGAUCUAUUUAUGUUUCAUCAUAGCAUUCAGAAAAGUUAAAGAGAUGUCAGGAUUUUCAACAGAUCAGGUGUUCAAGUCUCGUGAAGAGUUGAUGGAAUGGGUUAGAAACACCGGACGUAGUCUUGGUUACGCUAUUGUGACUAAAAGAUCGAAAGCUAAAAAUGGCUACGUGUCUAAAGUUGUACUUAUGUGUGAUCGUGGUGGUGUGUAUAAAUCAGAUAAAGAUUCAAGUAGAGAGACCGGCACUAGAAAGAUAAAUUGCCCGUUUGAAAUGGUAGGGAAAUUUUCAAAAAAGAAUGGUUCUUGGACGUUAAAAGUAAAACCUGGUGAGCAUAAUCAUCCACCCGGAGAAUAUAUGGAGGGACACCCAAUCCUCAAACGAUUGACACCUAAUGAACACCAAUUGGUGGCAGAGUUGACGGGGAAGGGUGUGUUCCCAAAAGUUUAUGCCAGAGGCAGGAUUCUUGAUUGCGAACAAGUUUAAUGUGAUCGUUCAUUUUUUAUCUCAAGAAAAAAGAAACAGUUCUACUUGUUUUUCGCUUUGGAGAGGCCCUCACGAGUUCCCAGAAAAAAAAAUAAUUACAAUUGCACACGUGAAUGGUAACCAUUUUAUAAUGGUAGAAUUGCAAGGAGAGUAUCCAAUUGCCAGCACAAACAACCUAUGGAAAUUAAUGAGAGAAAAUGAUGCAGCUGGCUGGGAGAAUAUAUUUGAAUCACGUCAAAAUAUGUAUAAGUCUUGGAUAGCACAACCUGCUACAUUUGGGGGAAGUAUAGAUUAAACCUCGGUAUGUAAAUUAUUAAAUGAUAAUAAUUUUGUAAAAAAGUACUUAUUUUUAUAUAGCUUUUGUUACAGCUAUAAAU